AUGUCCGGGCCAGGACCUCCGGACGCCAAAGCGGAUGACGCUCAGCCCCUGCAAGAGUUGGCAGACGUUCGGCAACGACACCAUCAGAGGUUUCGCGAGCGGGAGGAGAAAGCUGCAGAAGAACAGCGAAAACAGGAGCUGUUGCAACAGGAGGAGCAGGAUGCCGUGCUCGCAGAACAGUUUGCCAAAGAGGAAGAAGAGGCGCGACUGAGACAACUGGAGGCUGAUGAGGAAUAUUCUCGGCAACUUGCAGCACACCUGAACCCUGGAGGAAGUCACCCACUCCAGGAGUUCCGAGGUCCGGCUGCCGAUGCCAACUCGAUGGCAGAAGAUGCCGAGUUGGCACAUUACCAGCAGCUUGAGGACUCGGAAGCCGAAGGCUACCGUGCACCAAUGCGGACUGGUUACGUCGACCGCCUCAUCGACACGCCCCAGGAUCUGUCGUGGGCAUGGGCAAUGCUGCAGGGCCAAGGCGACUCUGCGAGGGAGCCGAUGGUUUCUGCUGGGCAAGAGGAGGCGACUUCACUUGCUGCAGGCCGUGGACAGCUGUGCUUGCGCAUUGCCGUACCUGUGCUGGCCGGUGUGAGCUUGGCAUUUUUCAUCUAUGUGACAGGCACAUCAGGAUCAUCAGGCGACUGA